AUGGAUGUCGAACCGGAGUUAUUCGAGCGGAUUCCCUCGGCUCCUCCGACUGAGGAUGCAUUGAAGGACGACCCAGCUGCGCCAGCGGCGCCUAGGACAACCCCUAAGGUGCGGUUCAAACGCGGUGUUUCAAAGGACCAUCCUAACGCGGUGGAUGGCAUGCUCAGGAAGAUGUUUGACCUUCCGGUGCCUAACGUCACCGUGGCCAAGUUGCUAGCGGUGGCCCCGUUGGUGGCCAAAGGAAUGAAGAAAUGGGUGUCGCGCAGACGCGUGGAGGUCGGGCCGGAGGAUCUGAAGGUGGCUUCUGGGACUCUGGCCGAAGAUUCAGAAGGGGAGGGACGAAUCGAUGGAAUGAGGCUCUAUUCUUGUCCUCUGGGUCACAUGCCCUGCUUGGUGGGCGACGAGGAGAGCAACGCGCUUCCUCUGAUAGAUUCCGGCUCGCAGUUGAAUCUUAUCUCAGAUUCAAUGGCUAAUAAGUUCAACAUUAGCCCACGCGUGAACUUUAGCUUGGCUGUUUACGGGAUCGGCAAUCAGGCGUGCGAGCUAGUAGGAGUCGCUGAGGACGUUCCUAUUCGCGUGGGCAAGACCAUUGUAGGCACCUGCCAUUUCUGGAUUACGCGCAUGGAUGGGCCUCUCAUCUUUGGCCGGCCAUUUCUGAUGGACUUUAACGCGACUCUCAACUUCGACAAUCAAGUCGGCGAGAGGAUCCUUUUACCUGAUUCGACUGGGCGCAAAAUCAAGGUCUUAUUAUGUUCAGUGGAUUCUGGGCGCUGGGAGCGCGAGUUUCCGGGGCAUGGACGCAGGGCGGUCCUUUCUCAUAAAGGAAAGGCUCGCAAGGACCCUUUGGAGGGUCGACAUUUUUUGUAG